GUGGAUCGGGUUUGGCGUGGGACGACGAAGCCAGCCAUGGCAGACAAUGAUCGCGACUAUAAUUUGACAGAGGAGCAGAAAGUCAUUAAAGCCAACUAUCCUCCCAUCAAAAAGAAGUAUGAGUAUCUGGAUCAUACUGCUGAUGUGCAGUUGCAUGCCUGGGGAGAUACCUUGGAAGAGGCCUUUGAGCAAUGUGCUAUGGCCAUGUUUGGGUACAUGACGGAUACAGAGACUGUUGAGCCCCUGGACGCUGUAGAGGUGGAGACAGAGGGACACGACCUGCUGUCUCUUCUAUUUCAUUUUCUGGAUGAGUGGCUAUAUAAAUUCAGUGCUAAUGAGUUUUUCAUUCCCAGGGAAGUUAAAGUGCUUCACAUUGACAGAGUAAGAUUCAGGAUAAGGUCUAUUGGGUGGGGAGAAGAGUUCUCUUUGCCCAAGCAUCCCCAGGGCACAGAGGUCAAGGCAAUAACCUAUUCAGCAAUGCAGAUCCAUGAAGAUGAAAAACCAGAGCUCUUUGUCAUAAUUGAUAUCUAAACAAAGAAAAGCAUGCCACUGAGAAAAUUCCAUUGUCCACGUUUACUAGAAGACAUGCCAUUGUCUCCCAAGAAGUGGUCCUGUCCGCCUGGAAAUAACUCAUCAAUUGGCUGGGUGAAUUGCAGUGCUGCUCGGAACAUAAUGUUGGUUGUGGCAGCUGGAUACGAGACUCUUGAGGAAUCUUUAGGCUCUUCUGGUGUGUUACUGUGUAAACACUAAAAAGAGAAUGUAUGUAUGUAGUUAAAACUGUAGGCCAUGAGUAAUCUGGUGGCGCUGCCUGUAAUAUUGUGUGUGUGUGUGUGCGCGCGCGCAUGUGUGCAUGCUUUAAAUGCAGGAUCUUAAUUUAAAUUAGAUAAGGAAGUUGGUGGGAGAGGAAUAUUUUUCAGUGAAGGGUAAGGUGGUGGAAAAGAGCUAGAAUUUCACACUGUAUACUCUUUUCUGUCUUAAUUACAAUCCUAUAAUAAUUGUUGCACAGUACUUUCUUCAAGAGAUGAAUUGCCAGAAGACUGUGGCUAUCAGAUUACAGAGAAUUCCCCCUUCCCCCACCCAAUUUAUGCUAUCUGAUGCCGUCAGUGGCCCAGUUCAAACAUUGUAACAACCCACAGUUUACUAACCAUGGGUUGUUGAUAGUGAAUCGAGAGCAAGGAAGUAUGCUGGCUUUAAGGUGCCCGCCUCCUCCUUCUGAAGAAAAACAAUCCAGGAACACUCCAUCCCUGGGUUGCUUAUCAUGAUAGCUGAACCCAGAGUUUGUUCUUGGGUUACAAUUCAGUGGGAGCAGGUGAGUGUUGAGAGGCAGCCCACUUGCUCACUCCCAGCUACUCAGGGUUUGUCUUAAUCCCUGGGUAGCUUCAAUGUGUGAACUGGAUCAUAAUGUUCUCAUUCAUCUUAAGUCUGGUUUGUUUGUUCGUUUAAAUAUUUAUAGAAUACAUUUUGGUCAUAAGGACCUCAAGGCAGUGCAUGAAACAAAUAUUAAAACAGUUGGAAACGUAACAGAUUAAAAACAGAAUACUAAAAAAACAAAAACCCUCCAAACAAAUAAAACCAGCUGUCAGCCCUUAAAAACCAAUGAACACUGAGCAGAACAGAAAUGUCUUUACCGCCUACUAAAAGCUAAACAAGAAUGGAGUUAAUCUUAGCUCCUUAGGGAAGGGUACUGCUACAGAAAACAUCUGUUUUCCUCUGUACUGCCAAAUUGUAACCUCUUUUGGCGGUAAAACAGGUAACGGCCUCAGACAAAAAGCUCUGGGUAGUUGCAUAUGGGAGGAGGCAGUCUUUCAGAUAUCUUGGCUCUAAGCUACGCUAAGCACUACCACCUUGAAUUGGGCCUGGAAAGAGAUUGGAAGCCAGUGCAACUAAUGUAAGAUCAGUGUAAUGCACAAAGAAGAAAGCAAUCUGGCUGUAUCACUUUGAACUAGCUGCAGUUUCCAUACACUCUUCAAGGGCAACCCCAUGUAGAGCACUUUGCAGUAGUCCAAACAGGAAGUAACCAAAGUAUGCCCCUAAGGUUAGGAGAUUGUGGAAGCAUGCCUCAUGUACUCCAUCUUCAUCCCACCGUAUGUGAAUUCCCAACCCCCAUAGUUUGCUCUAACCAUGUGAUAACAUUGCUGCAGCAUUGGUGCUUAUCAGUAAAUAGCCCACUUCAAACCAUAGUUAUAAAGGAAAUCCCAGCUAGUGUUCACCACGGCUAGUUCUGUUGCAAACAUUAUACCAGUCCAUGGUUAAAACAAAGCAUGGAACAGAAGGGGGAAAUCAUGCAAGCCUGUGUCAUGCUCCUAAUGUUCCUAACCAUGGUUAAAGCUCAGAAUUAUUAUGUCUGCAGUGAACAUAACAAAACGUGUUUGGGAGGAAGAGGGAGAGAUAAUUAUUUCCCUGUAUAUUUUGACCCCUCCUGGGGGUGAGAGUAUCUUGUGCGCAAUCUAUAUGAAUGUACAUAAUAAUUUGAGUUGCAGGUUUAACAACAGUACAUUGGGAUGAAAUCGGAGGUCACAGUCUCUUGCAAAUAGCAUUGAUUUCAGUGAGCAUAACUUGUUGGUGGGCAUCUUAACCUUUGCCAUUCUGUACCCUUCCUCUUCUCCCUGGUGAUAUGGUAGUACCAAAUGAGUAUUUCUGUAAGAUUAGGAGACAAGCACAAGAGCCCUAGGCAUAGUAACAUACUGUGCCUAUCUGUGUGUGAUUUCAACUAUUAUGUGCUCCACUACCUCCACUUAACAUUCUUGCCGUGAUGGGGUAGGCAUCCUUCCAGUCUAUUUAAAUGAAGAGUGUUUCUGAACUGUACAAAUUACAGAAAGUGGGUUUGAGUUUUAUUUUUAAAAACUAUUUUUGCAUAAAAAUAAAAUCCAGUUUUUAAAAUAUAGCAUUUUUCUACUUGUGUGUGGAUAAUGAGUUUUAUUUGUUGGAGACUGUCUUUUGCAAUAGAGGUAAUAAAUGAAAACGAAUAACAAAA